GGUAACCGGGAUCGAACAAAUCUUUUCCGACACCGUGUUUUAUACUCCGCGAAGUUUUGGUCCUAUUUAAACCCCUGCGCGUUGCCUCGAAGUUUCGGGAAUCGCGCGAGAGGAGAGAAAAAAGGGGCAAGAUGGAGACCUACUUCCAGGAUGGCAAGGAGGAGGUUCUUCAAGCUUGGUAUAUGGAUGAUGAUGAUGGAGACCAGAGACUUCCCCAUCACCGUGAGCCCAAGGAGUUUGUUUCUCUGGAGAAACUUUCAGAACUGGGAAUAGUCAGCUGGCGUCUCACUGGUGGUAACUAUGAAACUGAUGGGGACUUGAAAAAAAUUCGUGAAGCACGAGGUUAUUCUUACAUGGACAUAUGUGAUGUUUGUCCAGAAAAGCUGUCAAACUACGAGGAUAAGAUAAAGAGUUUCUUUGAAGAGCACCUGCACACUGAUGAAGAGAUCCGCUAUUGCCUUGAAGGAAGUGGGUACUUUGAUGUGAGAGAUGAAAAUGAUCGCUGGAUUCGUAUAGCAGUCAAGAAGGGUGGCAUGAUUGUCUUACCUGCUGGAAUUUACCAUCGUUUUACGCUUGAUACAAACAACUACAUUAAGGCAAUGCGGCUCUUUGUGGGCGAGCCCAUCUGGACUCCGUAUAACCGGCCGCAUGAUGAUCUCCCUGCUAGGAAAGAGUAUCUUGAAACUUUUGCAAAGAAGGAAGUUGGUGGCCAUGCCGUUGAAGCUCGUUGAUGCACUGCUGAACUGCAUAGUCUUAUAACAUUGCAUAAGAAUCAUCAUGCAGCUGAAUAAAUUGUACACAUAUGACCUAUACGUGAUGGCUUGUGUUGGUCUAUGUGUGCUUGCUUAAGUUUCCUAUCUACUUGUCAGUAAUAAAACAAUACUCUUUAACUUCCUCUGGUUUUUGAUA